AUGAGCAUCACCAAGGAAUCAGUCGUUGAGCUGCGUCACCCGUCGGGAUCCCGUGCCCAAGUGUAUCUAUACGGUGCGACAGUCACGUCUUUCUAUACAGCGCAAGAACCUACACGCAACGUACUGUUCGUGUCCAAGAAGGCGCUUUUAGACGGCAGUAAACCCAUCCGCGGUGGAAUUCCGCUUGUAUUUCCAGUCUUUGGUGCUGCCGAGGGGUUUCCUAAUCACGGCUUUGCACGCAUUCACAAGUGGAAGCUAGACCAGUUGAUCCAGAGCGCCAAUGAAGACGAGAGCCCCGUCGUUGCUACGUUUUCUCUUGACGUCUCGGACGAUAUCAAGGCCAUGUACCCACACGAUUUUGCACUCGUGUACGAGGUCAAGCUAUGUGCCAAUGUACUGACAACGGCUAUUCAUAUACAUAACAAGUCAGAGGGGGAGAUCUCUUUCCAGGCUUUAUUGCACACUUAUUUGUCGGUGGACGACGUGCGUGGCGGAGGUGUCGUGGUUGAGGGACUCAAGGGACUCAUGUACUACGACAAGGUCGCGGCCGAAGAGAAGAUAGAGCACAGAGAUAAAUUGAGCUUUUGUCAGGAGACCGACAGUGUCUAUGCCAAUGCCCCGUCUCCUGUUUUCGUCCGCAUCAAGCGUGCGAAUGGCAAAGAGCAGGUCGUGACGAUCGAGAAGGAGGCCUGCAUUAAGAGUGGCUCAUCGCACAUGUCUCAGGGCAGUGACGUCGUUGUGUGGAACCCGUGGGCUGACAAGGCACAAGAAAUGAAUGACUUUGAAGACGAGGAGUACCCGGCCAUGCUCUGCGUCGAACCUGGUCGCGUUAGCGAUCAGCAAAAGCUCUUAGCGGGACACACGUUUACGCUGCAGCAGGCCAUCAAGGUGUCGGCGUUGUAG